AUGGGACGAUUUCGGAUCAGAGAAUUGGUGGUGAUGGGGAUGUGGUUGGUCAUGUCGGCCGAGGCGAGAAAUAAUAUAUUCGCACGCCAAUCGAGCAGCUGUCCGGAUCCGACACAAAAUCAAUGCUCGGCAUCAUUACCUGCGUCGUUUUGCUGUCCGCCUGGAUCAUCGUGUGUAGAGUUGGCUGGCGGAACGACUCUUCUUUGUUGUCCACCGGGUGGGAAUUGCAAGAAGAUACAGCCGCUGACAUGCGAUAUACAACAACAAAAUGCGACCGCAUUCCCUCAAAAUGCUCUCAAGACGACAAUCUUCGACAUUCCAUUAGCCAAAUGUGGAUCACAGUGUUGUCCAUUUGGAUUUACUUGCAACAAUGGGACGACCUGUGACAUCGACGCAAAGCAAGAUGUUGCGCCGACCGCACCGCCUGCUUCGACAGGCACUGCUUCUCCAGGUGAAUCACCGUCAUCAACUUCUCCCGCAUCAUCGCAAGCAAAUUGUGCCAAAUUUCCUGUAGCAGCCGUCCUUUCGGGUUUCUUCCCGGGGCUCGUCUUGGGAAUUCUCCUUACAAUCGCCUCCGUUUGCGCUUUAGGUGCCCAUCGUCGCUCAACGUCCAGAAGACGCUCCGAGUCAUCAUUCGGCAACAUCAGCGAGCCGCAACCGAUGGCAACAACAGACAUGCGCACUGAUUUUCUCCGCAAACCAAUGAGUAGUCCCUCCACAGGCACCUCUACACGCAGCAAGAGCGUCCAACGCGUCCGCUCACUCUUCCGGAAAAGUCACGCUACUCCCAGUCCUACAACGCAACCAGUACCGCUAGCAGGCGGGCCAAGAAGAUUCCAAGAACCACCAGUCACGCCAGUAUUACAAAGAGAGCCCAGCUAUGAGAAUAUCAAUAUCUUUGCUGAUAGCACGACGGCGAACUCACUACGACAAGCUACGCCGCCGUUACAGCCGCCACAGGCGUGGAGGAUGGACGACGGGAGAGCGAGCAAUCAGACUACCUUUACGGAUAUGAUGGAGACGUCUGGGCUGGCGGGGCUGCAGAAGGGACAACCAUAUGUUUAUAAAGGUCAAUCACCGCCUGGUAACACGCCUUCGUUGCUGAGACCUGCUGAGAUUGAGACUUCUUCCAGCUCUGCGUGCAUUAUAGGUUGGAACUCCGCAUUACAACUUCUCUUGUGCCUACGAAACAUUCAGCAAAAUCGUUGCAACGAAUACAAGACACAAGCCUCAUCGCUUGCGAUGUCAUCCCUACGGUUGUCUCGACGACUAAUCGUAUGCUGUGACGGAACAGCAAAUGACAGUGACCGCAAUGAUCCUCUUACAAACGUCGCUCGAAUAUCCCGCUGUAUCAGUGCUGAAGAUGACCGGGAUGGUUUCUUCACGCAAAUCGUUUUCUACAUGUCAGGUGUGGGCACUGGAACGUCGAGACUGAACAAUACAUAUGACGGGAUUAUAGGAAGAGGUAUUGGCCAUGACAUACGACAGGCUUAUAGUUUCAUCUGUAACAAUUUUGUUAAGGACGCCGGCGAUCAGAUUGUGCUCAUUGGCUUCUCUAGGGGUGCAUUUACUGCAAGAGCAGUUGCGCAGUUGAUAGAUGAUGUAGGAGUCUUGACAAAGAAGGGCUUGUACCACUUGCCAGAGGUAUACAAACUUUGGAAGAGACAGUCCGCUGAGGAUAUAGCUUCCCUGAAUCAUGCGACCUCCAAAAAGGCAUCCGAGCCAGUUCAGGGAAAACCGUCUGUAGACCUGAUGAAGCUCAAAGGCCCACUAGGUCGACGUUGUCUCGAGUUAGAAGGAGACCUCUUGCUUCAAAGAGAAGUCCAAAUUACCGCUUGUGCUGUAUGGGAUACAGUCGCGGCACUUGGACCAAGGAUGCUUCAUGGGAUUCCUCAGCCAUCGGUAAGGAAGCUUGCUUUUGUGAAUUCUAAGCUUUGCCCCAACAUCGAGCUCGCGCUCCACGCUCUGGCUUUGGAUGAGGAUAGGAGACACUUCAAACCACUGCUGUGGCAUCUAUCGAGGAAAAAUACCCAGGAAAUAGCCACUCUCGAGGAACUGAGUACUCAGAGAAUUGGUAAUUCUGAGACUAGGGUCGAGCACCCUAACGUUUUGAAGCAAUGUUGGUUUAGGGGUACCCAUAGUGAUGUAGGUGGGGGUCACCAAGAUAAUGGAUUGGCCAGCAUCUCUUUGGCUUGGAUGAUUGCUCAGCUUGAAGGAGUAGUUGGCUUCAACAAUGACAUUCUCGCAGACAUCACAACGUAUGAUAGCAAGCUGAAGAACAUCAUCAGCGAAACUCCAGGUGACAACCAAGCCUAUUUGUUUACCGUCAGACUUCCACUCAACUACAUUCGCGCAAAUCAAGUGACCAUUCAAAAUACCGCCUCGUCGAAACUACAAGGCUAUGGUGGUGGAUGGCAUGUACGGACCCCCGGUGAAUAUUUCGUCCGUCUACAACUCGAAAAUCACGGCAAUGUGGAAAGAUUACAUGCAGAGACUAUACAUUACAGUGUAUAUAUACUCUACUCGAAAGGGGUCGUUGCAGACUGUCUUGGCGCCAGAAGGCUACGGAGACUACAAGGUCCUUCGCCACAGAUUUAUCAGUCCAUCGACGACAAGAUUCAUUGGCUUUACCUUUCCGAGGAAGAACCAACCAACACUGAAGCUCAACUCUUAGCUACAUGGACGGCUCGGAAACUGCUGAACUCCCUUCUUCCUAAAUUUGUGGAUCGAAAGGUUAGACUCUCGAACCAGAACGAAGUCGUUCCGAUCUUCGCAGUUCUACAUAAUCCCGAAGCGUGGAGAGUUGCUCCGAAGCCUGAUAUACUUCCGCAAAGUAACAGGAAAAAGCCGAAGAGACAGAGUAGGAUUGAAAAUGGAGCUGCAGUAGUUUCUGAAAACCAGAAAGACGAUGGAAAUGAUCAGUCGGAGACUUCAGGGUAUGUCAAACUCUUCAUUCAGGGCAACGUUACCGUCGAAGAACCGACAGGCGAAGUAUCUCGACAGAACGUCGACAUGGUGACGAUGUUCAAAUUAGACGCGAACUGGAACAACAAUUGGAUCUCACGGAUGUUGGGAGACGGCAAGUAUAUGGAGUAUCUAGUUGGUGAUAUCGCGGUUCCAUUUGCGCGUACCGAUGGACAAAAUUUGGCGAGACCAGAACAGUUCUCUGCUAUUGAUCCUAAUAGAGAAGUAGGUGCUUUGAGACGGGUGGAAAGUGAGAGCUAUACGGGAAAGGGAAAGGGAAGGGAAGGAGAGAUAUAUGUUGAGGUGCCGAGGGUUGAUAAACCUGGUCCUUCGUCUAAGGUGAUGUGA